AUGCAUCGACAGUUGCAAAUAACACACUGGACAUGUAUACGUGGCGUAUCAACGGAAAGCUCAGCGCAUAGGCUGGACACUAGCCAUCGGGCUACGGUGACAGCGAGUCCUACCGUAGCUGCCGCCGCCGUACGCAAUAUCCCGUCCACCACUGUGGACACAUUCGCGGAGUUCAAUGAUCGUUCCUUAUUUCGCGACAUCUCCUUUUUCGAUGACCAGAAAACACAAUCAGAAGAGAAGCUCGAGGAGGCACCCACGACGCAACCGCCUACCGACGACCUCCAGUGGGCGAUCGUUCCCAACAAAACAACUUUACUCAAGAACGCCACCUCUAAAAACAGUCAGCAGAAUGUAGUACGAUACUUCGUGAAGAUCACAAGAGGGCCAAAGCUUUCAUCAACUCGGAGAGCGACUGUCCCUUCAACGAUAGCGAAAACAUCUACGACGCCUUCUCCAACUCCGACAACGUUGAAAACGCCCAAGUGGAGAUCCACAACACGCACCACCCCUGAACCGUCGAUAACAGUUGCGCUACCCAAGAAUGUACUAGAGGAACAGAAAUUGGAAGGGUUCUUCAAAAGAAAGUUGAAGUUUCUUCCGACAACCACGCCUGGUACUAUUGCUUCCUUGAGGCCAGCCAAGGCACCCCUAAGUAGACCUUCCUUUUCGAAAGUAGAGGGAGCCAUCACGUCCAGACGUAAUCAUCAUGCAUCUGGAUCGAAUCUCACAGAUACCGCUUUACCACUGUCUCCAGCUUCAUUUGCUUCGAUUGCCCAGCGUUCUUCUCCUCAACUUAUCAGUUUACCAACGACGAAUAUUUCAGCGACGAAGACUUCUAUGUUCGUUACUACUCGUGCCAAAAAGAACAAGACUUCGGCGUCUACUGCGGCUCGGAAGUCCCUCUCACCAAUUUUGCUGCUGCCAAUACCCCCUACAAGUACCCUGACGAACCUCGCAGAGGAAGACUUGCCAUCUCUUGCGUCUACCACCACGGAUGCUUCUUCCUCACCUGAUGCAGCCAUUCCGGAGCCCUCCAGUUCCUUAUCAGUUCCGCUAGGAGGGGAUGAAACAACAGCCACGGCCUCUAAGUCUUCAGGAGAAGUGGAUGAGAACGACCUCGAUUCAUUCGGGAACGCAGACAAAAAUCUUGAUGAGUCACCAAGCACCACGACCACAGGGCAACCGGCAGUGCCACCUGACGAAACGGAAUUAUUGCACCGACAGCGAGCAACUCCGCCACUUCCUUCACUGACAACAUCAGCUCCGUCAGAUUUGUGGUGGACUCCAAGACCCAGCUAUGUGGGAACCUGA